AUUAAUAGGGGUGAAAGAACAUUGUCAGAGAAGACCAUCAGUAGUAACUAGGAAGCAUUGAAAAGAGAGGACUCAAUUAACAAUACUCACACACACUCGCACAUCGCACAGUAGUGAGAGAGAACUAAAACUGAUCAGAUCAACAGAGUCUGAUCCAUCUCUUCACCACCUCAUCUCCAUAUACAUAUACACGUACUUGUAUAUAUAUAUAUACACACAAAUGUAUUAUCAAUCAAUAGGAUAAGACUGUGAAAUUGAUUUGACUUUCAAUUUGAAGGCUCACCAAAAUGCGUGAACGCUGCUUCAAGUUCGCUGCGAAGUUAAUCCAGGUGCGUGAGGACUGUAUGUACAUAAAGACAGGUGCUUGUAUGGGAUGGAGUGCCGAAACACAGAGAAAUAUGUAAAGGAUAUCAAAUAUUAGCAUCCGUAAUACUCAUCGGGCACAUAUAUGGCUUCUGCCAGCCUAGGACAUGGCGGAGCGGGCAGUUCCAGAGCUGUAAAUGGCUUCAAGGGCUCAUCUAGUUCAGUUGACUGGUUAGGAAAAGAAAUGCUUGAGAUGAGUUUGAGGGACAAGGUUGACCAUGACGAUGACAGAGAUAGUGAACCAGAUAUAAUUGAUGGUGUUGGUGCUGAAGCAGGACAUGUAAUAAGAACAACUAUUGGUGGUCGUAAUGGUAAAUCUAAGCAGGCCAUCAGUUACAAAGCGGAACAUGUGGUUGGAACUGGUUCUUUUGGUGUCGUUUUCCAAGCAAAGUGCAGAGAGACUGGGGAGAUUGUUGCUAUUAAGAAGGUUCUCCAAGACAAGCGCUACAAGAAUAGGGAAUUACAGAUUAUGCAAAUGAUGGACCAUCCUAACACUGUUGCCCUGAAGCAUUGUUUCUUUUCAACAACUGACAAGGAAGAGGUGUAUCUCAAUCUUGUACUUGAAUUUGUUCCUGAGACUGUUAAUCGGGUUGCAAGGAACUACAGCAGGAUCAACCAGCGAAUGCCCUUAAUAUAUGUCAAACUCUAUACGUAUCAGAUAUGCAGGGCGCUUGCUUAUAUUCACAACUGUAUUGGUAUUUGUCACCGUGACAUCAAGCCUCAGAAUUUACUUGUUAACCCGCACACGCAUCAGCUGAAACUUUGCGAUUUUGGAAGUGCAAAAGUUUUGGUGAAAGGAGAACCUAAUGUUUCCUACAUCUGUUCAAGAUAUUAUCGUGCUCCGGAACUCAUAUUUGGUGCCACUGAAUAUACAACUGCUAUAGAUAUAUGGUCUACAGGUUGUGUGAUGGCUGAAUUACUUCUUGGACAGCCUUUGUUUCCUGGAGAGAGUGGAGUCGAUCAAUUAAUUGAGAUAAUCAAGGUUUUGGGUACACCUACGAGGGAGGAGAUAAAAUGCAUGAAUCCAAACUAUACAGAAUUUAAGUUUCCACAGAUAAAACCUCAUCCAUGGCACAAGGUUUUCCAGAAACGUUUACCUCCCGAAGCAGUGGACCUUGUCUGCAGGUUUUUCCAGUACUCCCCCAAUUUGCGAUGCACUGCUUUGGAAGCUUGCAUUCACCCUUUCUUUGACGAAUUGAGGGACCCAAAUACCCGCCUUCCUAACGGCCGCCCUCUUCCCCCACUCUUUAAUUUCAAGCCCCAAGAGCUUACGGGCAUCCCACCUGAUGUUAUCCACCGGCUUGUUCCAGAGCAUGCUCGAAAGCAGAAUUUGUUCAUGGCUCUGCACGCCUAGCAGUUAUUUGGUGUUUUAUAAUCCUCCACUUGCUUUCGCAACAAGAAUCUGGUUCUGUGCCAACGUCUGUAAAAUUCCCUUCCCACAUGUUUUUAUUUUAUUUUAUUAUCUCUCACUUUCUAAGUAAAGAUUUGCAAAUGAAGUCCCGGGACGAUUUGGGAGACGCGAAAUUUGAGUUUGAAUGUCAACGAGGGUGUGCGUGUGUUUUUUUUUCUUUUCUUUCAUUUUUGUGAUUUCACAUGGACAGUGUAAACCUAUAAUGUGCAUAUUUAUAGGGACCCUGUUGUAAAGGGAUGUAAUAUGGCUUGCUGCCAAACAACAAAAUGAGAGUGUAAUGUAUUAUCACUGUGCUGAAUUUUUUUUGGAUA